AGUUUUCCAGCUGCCUGCACUUCUGCUCGGACUGAGCAGCGCUUGGAUCCAAAGGCAGAGGGAGAGAAGCUGAUGCCAGGGCGCUGAGACUGGGCUUCUCUUGAGCAGGAUCCCUCCCUUCCUGGAUUUCUUGGGUGCUGCUCCGGGGAGAGAUGGAGCUGACUGCCCCACUGGGGCUAUUCUUCUUGCUGUUGCUUCUUGCAGAGCCUCGGAGGGUCCAUUCGGACUCCCCUGUUUCUUUGGAUCCACCAUUACUCAGCACCCAGAAAUCUCUCAUUACCGUCACUGAAAACGAUACACUACAAAUUACUUGCAGUGGUGAAAGAGCCUUGGAAUGGUUUUGGCCGAACAAUCAGACAAGUUCUGAAAACCGUGUGGCAGUGACGGACUGUACGGAAAAUGCCUACUGUAAGCUCCUCACACUUAGCAAAGUAAAAGGCAAUGACACCGGAGCCUACAAAUGUUUUUAUCAGGACAACCAUACAGCAGCAAGUGUUUAUAUAUAUGUACAAGAUUUUACAGACCUUCCAGAUUAUAGAUCUCCGUUUUUGAAAUCAGCCAGUGAAAAACCAGAUGCAAUCUACAUAACUGGAAAUAAAACUGUGGUGAUUCCCUGCCUUGGGUCUACAUCAAAUUUGAAUGUUUCACUCCAUACGAAGUAUCCAGACAAAGUGUUUGUUCCUGACGGCAAAGCCAAAACCUGGGAGAGUCAGAAAGGGUUCACCAUUCCCACCAGCUUGAUCAGUGAUGUUGGCAUCGUCUUCUGCAAAGCUAAGAUAGAUGGUGAAAGUUAUCAGUCCCUGAUGUACAUCGUGGUGGUUUUAGGAUACAGAAUCCAUGAUCUUGCAAUGAGCCCUCCACACAAUGUUGCGCUGGCAGCAGGAGAGAAACUUGCUCUAAACUGUACUGCAAGGACUGAGCUGAAUAUGGGGAUUGUGUUUGAAUGGGACUAUCCAUCAAAGAAGGCAGCAGCAAACAAGAACAACAAGCACGUUAUAAUCCGGGAUGGGGUGACGUCGCCCAGCAAUGAAGAGAAGAAGUUUGUCAGCAGUCUCACCAUCGAUCAUGUGGACUUAAAGGAUGGAGGUCAAUACAGGUGCACCGCCUCCAGCAGCCAAAUGACUCGGAAAAGCAGCAUCAAUGUUAUCAUUUACGAAAAACCUUUCAUCCUUUUGGGAAAAAUGCCAUCCCUGGUGGAGGCAAAAGUGGGCGAACUUGUUAAAGUUCCUGUGCAGUUCAGAGCUUACCCAUCGCCAGAUGUAAAAUGGUUUAAAAAUGGAAACCCCAUUGCUUCAAAUCGUACUAUUAAACUUGGUGGUUACUCCUUGACAAUUACUGAAACAAAUGAAAGAGAUGCUGGGAAUUAUACUGUUGUGCUGACCAAUCCCAUAAGCAAGAUGCAGAAAAAGCAUACGUUUCAUCUGUUUGUGAAUGUUCCUCCUCAGAUUGGAGAGAAUGCUCUUUUGGCUCCUGUGGAUUCCUAUAAAUAUGGCUCGACUCAAAUGCUAACAUGUACAGUCUAUGCUGUUCCAGCAUCGGUCAAGAUUCAGUGGUCCUGGCAGCUGGAAGAAGAAUGCACUUUCAACCCUCACCAAGCUGGACUAGGAAACAAUCCUUAUUCCUGUAAGAAAUGGAAAGAUAUAACUGACAGAAGAGGUGGGAAUCAGAUUGAAAUCAUGAAACCUCAGUCUGCUUUUAUUGCUGGGAAAAGGAAGACCGUAAGCACUCUUGUCAUUCAAGCUGCAAAUGUAUCUGCUCUGUAUAGAUGUGUGGCUAGCAAUAAAGCUGGAGAAGGCGAGAGGGUGAUCUCCUUUCAUGUUUCCAGAGGCCUUGAAAUUAAUCUUCAGCCCCAAGGCCAGCCUACUGAGAAGCACAAUGUCUCCUUGCGCUGCACGGCAGACAGACUCACUUUUGAGAACCUGACUUGGUUUAAGCUGAACCCUCGGGCCUCCAUGACGAAACUUGGCAGACUUCCCAUGCCCGUUUGCAAGAACCUGGAGGCUCUUCAGCGGCUGAGCGCCACGACUUCAAGCGCCAACGGGGAAAAUGUCACCAUGGAGCUCCUUCUCCAAAACAUCUCCCUACAAGAUAGCGGGGAUUAUGUGUGCAUCGCGCAAGACAAAAAGACCAAAUUGAGACACUGCCUUGUCAAACAUCUCACUGUUCAAGAACCAGUGGCACCUACAAUUAUGGGAAACCUUGAGAAUCAAACGACAAAUAUUGGAGAAACAAUACAAGUAUCAUGUGUAGCAAAUGGAAUUCCUUCACCACUCAUUACCUGGUUUAAAAACAACGAAACUCUUGUUGAAGAUUCAGGCAUUAUUUUGAAAGAUGGGAACAGGAAUCUAACCAUCCGAAGGGUAAGGAAGGAGGAUGAAGGGAUCUACACCUGCCGUGCCUGCAAUGUUCUAGGCUGCACAAAAGCAGCAGCAGUUUUUGAAGUGGAAGGGACUGAUGAGAAAACGAACCUCGAGCUCAUUAUUCUGGUUGGAACUGCCGUAAUUGCCAUGUUCUUCUGGUUGCUCCUCGUCAUCAUUCUACGGACCGUGAAGCGGGCCAAUGGUGGAGAACUAAAGACCGGUUACCUGUCCAUCAUCAUGGAUCCAGAUGAAGUCCCUCUAGAUGAGCAGAGUGAACGUCUUCCUUAUGAUGCAAACAAGUGGGAGUUUCCUAGGGAGAGGCUCAAACUAGGUAAGCCACUUGGACGGGGAGCAUUUGGCCAAGUCAUUGAAGCCGAUGCCUUUGGAAUUGACAAGGCUUCUACUUGCCGAACGGUUGCUGUCAAAAUGCUUAAAGAGGGAGCAACACACAGUGAGCACAGGGCACUAAUGUCUGAGCUGAAAAUCCUCAUUCAUAUCGGUCAUCAUCUCAAUGUGGUUAAUAUACUCGGAGCCUGCACAAAACCAGGAGGUCCACUUAUGGUGAUUGUGGAAUACUGCAAAUUUGGAAAUUUGUCAGUGUAUUUAAGAAGCAAACGAAAUGAUUUUAUUCCAUACAAGACUAAAAAUGUGAGGUUUAGGCAUGAAAACGGAGAGGAAUUGAAGAAACGCUUGGACAGUAUCACGAGUAGCCAAAGUUCAGCAAGUUCUGGGUUUGGAGAAGAGAGAUCCCUCACUGAUGUGGAAGAAGGAGAAGCAACAUCAGAAGAUCCCUACAAAAAUGCUCUAACCUUGGAGGAUCUCAUCUGCUACAGCUUCCAGGUGGCCCGAGGGAUGGAAUUCCUGGCCUCGCGGAAAUGCAUCCACCGAGACUUAGCAGCUCGGAAUAUCCUCUUAUCAGAGAACAACGUUGUCAAAAUUUGUGAUUUUGGAUUGGCUCGGGAUAUCUACAAAGAUCCUGACUAUGUCAGGAAAGGAGAUGCUAGGCUACCCCUGAAAUGGAUGGCACCAGAAACCAUUUUUGACAGAGUAUACACAAUUCAAAGUGAUGUGUGGUCCUUUGGUGUAUUGCUGUGGGAGAUAUUUUCCUUAGGAGCUUCACCAUAUCCUGGCGUCAAAAUUGAUGAGGAAUUCUGUAGAAGACUGAAAGAGGGGACACGAAUGCGGCCUCCAGAUUAUACAACACCUGAAAUGUAUCAGACCAUGUUGGACUGCUGGCUUGGAGAACCCAAGCAAAGGCCAACUUUUUCAGAUUUGGUGGAACACUUGGGAAACCUACUGCAAGCAAGCGUACGUCAGGAUGGAAAGGACUACGUUGACCUUCCCCAAACUGCGUUGCUGAAUAUUGAGGAAGAUUCCGGACUCUCUGUGCCAACUUCACCUAUUUCUUGCAGAGAAGAAGAAGUAGUCUGUAAUCCUCUAUCUCAUUAUGACAGCACACUGGAAAUGAGUCAGCACAGAAAAGGCAGUAAAAGAAAAAGCCGUCCUGUGAGCGUAAAGACCUUUGAAUCUGUGCCUGUCGAACCAGCAGUAAAAGUGGUUCAAGAGGAUAAUCAGACAGACAGUGGGAUGAUUCUUGCUUCUGAGGAGCUAAAGACACUAGAAGAGAAAUCUAAGCAACUGAUGUUGCCAUUUAGUGGACUUGUCUCCAGUAAAAGUAAGGAGUCUGUCAUGUCUGAAGCUUCAAAUCCAACAAGUGGCUACCAGUCGGGCUAUCACUCAGAUGACAUGGACACUACCAUUUAUUCUGCUGAAGAAAUGGAACUUUUACCUCUCAGGGAAGAUGUUUCUCAGACUUGCUGCUCUCUGGCACAUGGCCCUGCGGUCCCUCUCAGCUCACGCUCUGUUUAAGACAUCUCACAUGUCGGUCAAAACUGGAACUUGCGCCAACCACUGCCUUUAUUUAAAAACUAGCUGCAUCCAAUGGCUAGGACACCCAUAUUCCUGGGAUUGGGAAAAAUAUUUGUUCCCCUACAUCUUUGACAAGAUGGACCCAAAAUGCAAAGUGGAAUAUUGGAUCCAGCAUCCUAGUUUAAAAGGAAUAGAAAACCUAUCGAACAUUCUCCAGCACUGUUCACAGGAAUGUGACUAUGACUACUGAUGUGGUUUGAUGACGAAGAGAGUGUUACAGACUUAAGAGACAUACAUGAAAUGUUAUGCUGACAAUCUAUUUCUGUUGUAUGAAGUUGGAAGAGUGUUCAGUGAGAUGUCUUUGGCCUUUUCAGUUUUGUCAGCAGUUGAGUUACAACAGUGCCUUUGUAGUCCCUGGGCAUCACUUUUCCAAAAGAUGCUGUCAGUAUAUUUUGCAGGACAUGCAGAGUUCCCUGUCAUAUAAAUCUCUUCCAUGAAAGGAACAUUUUGGUCUCAUUUGCCAGAUGAAGCAAGUGGAUGAAUCAUGUUGAACUAUGCAUAUAAAUACUGGUGAAAAGCAGAGUGACUUAUCCCUCUUUUGAAAAGAGGUUGUGUUUUGGAUGUGUGAAUUUCAAUCAGGUGAGGUUCUACCUUCAAUGUAUAUUUUCUCACUGAAAUGAAUAAAUAAGUCUUGGUUUGGUCCAUACACAUGCAAUCAGCUGAAGGCUCCAGAAUUACACUCUGUUUUCAGUGAUCUUCCUUUACAUGAUGCUCAUUUUAAGGUUUGCAGCUUCUUAGAACUUGGAACUUCUCAGAGCUUGGAACUAGUUACAAACAACUUGUACUGAACUGCUUCUAACAGGUUACAUUUUCACUGUAACUAAGGCCUCUCUAAGUUACAUUAUGGCUGUAACAUAAGGGUAAUUUUACUACUUUAAAUUGUAAUUUUGUUUUUGUUUCUUUUAUAAUUAUUGAAGUAUAUGGCCUCACUAUUUAGGUAUGUUUUUACUACAGGCCAUGCUUGUGGUAUUUAGAUUUUAAAAGCAACUAAAAGUAGCUACUUUAGUUACUUUUAAAUAACAGACAAUUAUUUCUAAAAAUGUUUGCAUAAUGUAACUAACUUUCCCUGUCUUCAGCUUGUAUGUAGUUACUUAUAAAAAGUGACGAUACAAAUCCUGACUUCUCUGGAAAUCCAAGUGUCUUCGUAAAAAAAAAAAAACUACCCAGACAUACUGUUUAUAUAUAAACUUACAAUGUUGUCCAUUAACUUCGUGACAUAAUUGUAUCAAAAGCUGCUGAGAUUUUAUGGCUGAUGUUUUAAGUGUAGGAAUUGUGAGGCCAUUUUCUCUAGUUUUUUUGCUCAAACGUCUAACAAUUUAUAAUGUAUAUUCCAAGAUUUUUUUAAACAAAAGAUUGUAGAAUUAUUUUGAUGACCAUUCCUUUUGUAUUUUUGUGGGUUUUUUAUUCAUUGUUUUGUAUUUUGUAUACUACAUUAAGAACUGGGGAACUGAUGAAUUAACAAAAAUGGCACAUAUAGUAUUUAUAGUGUGGUUGUGUAGAAUAAAUGUAAUAUAUUAUUACAAAUAAAUAAAUAAAUAUAUAUAUUAUAUAUAAAGAAAACACAGUGGGAUUUCCAAGUGAAUCAACAUGUGUGGACUCGCAUCUUUUUAAUGGUUAUUCAAUAAAAUAUGGGGGAGAGAGGAGAAAGGAUAGGCUCAAAACCUCAGGCUGAAACUUUUUCAACAUAUGGCAAUUUUACGGUUGGCAAGUAAAUGUUUUUGUUUAUACUUUCCAUUAGAGCAGUCAUAUUCCCUGAGCUAUGUUGCCAGUGAAUUUCCAAUAUCCCUCCAAAAUGAGUCAAUAAAUCAAUUUUGCAUCAUUUCAAAUGA